AUGGACCCCCUGUGGUUGGCCCCGCACGACCGGGACGAGCGCUGCUGCAAAGGCUGCGGCAACUACGGCAAGCACAUCGACAUGUUCGGCUACUACUGCGCCGUCUGGGACCGCAACAUGGCCGUCGCGGGGCGCACCAUGGCCGAGCGGGCCUUUGCGCGCGCGGAGCGCAUGCUCGCGGCCGCGCAGGAGGGCGUCGACGCCUGGGAGGAGCAGAUCGAGGCGCAGGACGCGCUGGUCGACUCGCUGCGCGAGGCGCUCGACGCCGCGGAGGCGCGCCGCGAGGACCUCGACGAGAAGCUGGCGGCGCAGCAGGCGCUGUGCGAGCGCGCGGAGCGGCAGAAGAUGGCGCUCAUCGACGUCAUGCGCGCGGCGGAGUACCGCGAGGAGGCGGAGGCUGCGGCGAUGGAGAACGCGGGCGAGGAGGCGGGGAACUUUGACGCGGAGAUGGAGGGGACGGAGCGCGUGCAGGCGCUGGAUCCGCAUUUCUGGGAGGCCGGGACGGAGUGGUGGGAUGAGGAGACGGAUGACGAGCCGGAGGAGCUGAGCUUUGAGCAGUCGACGGCGUAUUAUGCGUGGGAGCUGGCGUACAAGCGGAGGAUCGCUGGUCGUAGGACGCAUGAGGCGGAAAGGCAGCAUGGGCGGCGGAAGCGGGCUGAGCGGCAGCUGUACGUGGAGAGGAGGGUGCGCGAGGCCGAGGCAGCUGGGCGAAUGAUCGAUGCGGAUCACUGUGAUCACCUCGUGCGCUCACACAUCCGGGCGAGGGAGCAGCAGGGCAGACAGCAUGCGGCUCGGGAGUACGCCCAGGAGCAGAGACAACGGCUGAGCCGGGUGGAGGCGUGGGCUGCCGGCGUGCAGACGCCUACGCCGGGGCCGUCGGUGAAGCAAGAGGACGAGCUGUCGGAGCUGCAUUCGCCGGCCAUGCUGUCGCGGGUUUCGGUCAAGCGGGAGGGCACGGGCGAGGAUCUGUGGCGGGUGGCGUCGGCUGUGCCGGAUCGGACGGACGUGAAGCAGGAGAUGAAGGUGGAAGAGGACAUGGGGGAGGAUCAAGAGGAAGAAGAAGAGGAGGAGGGAGAGGAAGAAGUAGAAGUGAUGGCGAGAGCGCCGAAGAAGGAGGAGCCGGAGCCAGAGUCGGAGCCGCAGCCGGGGCCGAGCCGGAGUAUCCCCGCGACUCCCCGUGCCCCGGCGUCUCCAGCUGCUUCCGGCCGGCCGCAGCGAACGACCCGGCGGACACGGAGGACGCAGCCGUACCCGAGUUGA